UUCUUCCUUUUUCCUUUCUCAUCAAAUUUCUAGACGUGAGUGCACCUAUCUGAAAGAGAUUAUAGAAUUUUGGAAAGAAGUACACGUAUCUGAAAGAGAUUAUAGAUUUUUGAAAAGAAGUACACGUAUCUGAAAGAGAUUAUAGAUUUUUGGAAAGAGAUUAAUUUAAUUAUAACACACACACAAAAAAAAGAUGGGGUUGAAAAGUGAGUCAACAUUUUUGGGUGAUUUUCUCCGGCAGUGUGGUGGCUACGCCGUGAUAGACGGUGGACUUGCGACGGAGUUAGAGAGGCACGGUGCCGACUUAAAUGAUUCUCUUUGGAGUGCUAAAUGUCUUGUUAGCUCUCCUCAUCUCAUAAGAAGGGUGCACCUAGAUUACCUGGAAGCUGGUGCCAACAUUAUAAUCUCUUCAUCUUAUCAGGCAACCCUUCAGGGAUUCGAAGCCAAGGGAAUUUCAAGGGAAGAAGGUGAAGCAUUGCUCAAAAGAAGCGUGGAGAUAGCAUGUGAAGCGCGAAACAUAUAUAAUGACAGAGCUUCCAAAGGUUCUUGGGAUGAUUUUAUUGAUGGAGCCGGUUUGAAACGCAAUCCGGUCUUGGUUGCAGCGUCUGUGGGAAGUUACGGAGCUUAUUUGGCUGAUGGUUCUGAAUAUAGUGGAAUUUAUGGUGAUGCGAUUACUGUGAAAGCUCUAAAAGAUUUUCAUCGAAGGAGAGUACAGGUUCUUGCAGAUUCAGGUGCUGAUUUGAUUGCAUUUGAGACAACUCCAAACAAAAUCGAAGCUCAGGCUUAUGCUGAGAUUCUUGAGGAAGAGGCUAUCAACGUUCCUGUGUGGUUUUCCUUCAGUUCUAAAGACGGUAUCAAUGUAGCCAGUGGCGAUUCCAUUGCAGAAUGUGCUUCAAUUGUUGAUUCGUGUAAGCAAGUCGUUGGAAUUGGAAUCAAUUGUACCUCUCCGAGAUACAUUCAGGGGCUGAUCCAAUCAAUCCGAAAGGUAACAAGUAAACCAAUACUUGUAUAUCCAAACAACGGUGAGACUUAUGAUGGCGUAAAGAAGGAAUGGGUGGCUUCAAGGGGCGUCGUAGAGGAAGAUUUUGUGUCAUACGUGGACAAGUGGUGCGACGCUGGGGCGUCACUCGUUGGAGGUUGCUGCAGGACUACCCCAAAUACCAUUAGAGCUAUUUCCAAGGUUCUCUCCAGGAGGUCUCAGAGUGUUUAAACCGAGUUUUUUUAGGGCUAAAUAUGUUAAAAGAGUUAUGGAACUAAAAUGAUUCUGUUUUAUAUGUUGUUUCUCACUACAAUGGUGAUAGUGCUAUAAUUUUCUUACAUUGUACUUUAGGCAUUUCAAUUCAAUUUAUAUGACCUUGUUUUCUAUUU